AGGAACACAAGAUCGAAGAUCGCCAUUUUCUCGAGUGUCAGUGGGAUGAGGCGGUUACCUUGACCUGACUGCCUACGUCUGGGCGCCGCCGGCCGGCCCGUGAGAUCAAUAGAUGACACUGUUGCUGGAUCGGGCGGCCGACGGCGCGGCGGUCAGUACUGCGCUCCGCCCGCAGCCGACCAGAACGGACAUCUCCGCCGGCCGCAGCGGACAUCUCCACCGGGGUACCGCGGCAGCGCGCUGCCGGUGCGGUCACCACUGCGGACUCCAGGGCGGAAUUUCAGCCUGGCUGCCGAACUGAUCCUGCAUCUCGCUUCAGACUGCCGAGAAGUUUUGUUUCCAGCGAACGAGACAAGCCGUUCUCAGUCUCUCAGCCCAACCGCGGAUCUAUCGCAGGUCGACACUGCUCCGCACCAUCCGCUCGGUUGCCGCGGGCAAUUUAGACAAGAGCCGGUGUCGCUGAGCUGGGAUGGCGCCCGAAACGGACAAAAUGAAGUCCUGCCAGUGUUUUACAGCGGUGUCAAAACCGGUGAAAGAAGGCUACUUAUUCAGGUAUAAAAAGCGGUUUUUCGGCGCCAACUGGCGCGAGGAGUACGCCGUGCUGUAUGAGGACAGCUCGCUGCUCUGGUACAAGUCUCGGGAGCGCCGGCAGCCGGAGGGCGCGCUGAUGCUGCGCUGCGCCCCGGAGCUGAUGGCUGUCGGCGUGUUCACGCGCGCCGUGCCGCGCCAGCCAGAGUUCCCCUGCGGCACGGACAUCCGGCGGGUGAUCGCGCUGGGCAGCAGCGCCACGCGCCGCGUCCAGUGGUUCAUCUGCCACUCGGAGGACGACGCCAAAGCGUGGAUGACAGCCAUCAGCAACACGCUGCCGGCGCCGCCCAGUCCAGUAGCGGCUGAGGUCUGCUGCCCACGAGCGUUCUCCCUGCCCGGCCACGUCACCAACAGCCUCGACGCACAGUGCGCCGACAAACGAGGGACUGGCGAGGGCCGGCGCAGUCUGGAGGACCUGUGCUCGGGCCUAAUGCUGGCCGGGGCCGUCAACGAGUGGUGUCACGGCCUGGGCUGGGGCUGCGCCCAGGGCUGGGGAGGGCCGGCCUCCGCCUUCGACACCGGCUACUACUACAGCGACGCCGUCGGAGCAGACGCCGACUACGACUACGAGGCAGACUUUGGCGACUUUGGUGGCGACUUUGGCGGGUUCUAGGCGGACUUUGGAGAAGUCACUGAUACAACACUGGGACUUGGUCCCAAACUGUAGCUUUAAAUUAGAUUGUUGUUGGAUACCUUAUGUGUCAUCCUCGAGUUGUGUGGAUGCACAAGUCGGUGUUACUAAUGCGUGUUGACUGAUACUAUGUGUUGCCUCCAAGAGAGGCUGAUACGUGUUGUGGAGCGGCUUUGUGCCGCUAAUGUGCUCAGCUUGUGAUCCAUAGGACCGCACCUUACAUUGUCUAUGCACGAGUGUGCUCAUUGUCAAACGUUUGACAAUCGGGAAAACGGCGGAUGACACAAAUAACCCCUGCUCUCUCGGUUUUCUCUUCUCUCCCUCUCCUAUUCCAACUUUCUCGUUCUUCAUAGGAUGAGCUCAGGAGAUGAUUCUCAGUAAUCCCAAACCCACUCUUGCUUUCUUUCUCUAGCUCUUCUCAUGCUGAGCUCCCUUAGUGUCCCCUGAGUAAGGCAUGGCCCUCGUUUAUCCCAAACCCCCACCAACAGAGGGUGUGCGGCCUCCUGCUGAGUCGAUCAGGGUCCCUUUGUUACUGCCCCGGCAGGAAGCUGCCAUAUAGAUGUGAUGUUGCAUCUCCCAGCGGGAAGAGCGCGCCUCGAAAAACGACGGCACUGAAUUGUCUCAAUUCGGUGACACGAUGCAGUACAGUCGCUGUUUUCCGGCAUAGCACAAUACGUGCACGAUGUUACACAUAGGUAUGUUUUACUAGAAAGCAGGGAUGGGCUUAGGCAGAGCACCAGAAGUUGGUUAGCAUCAGCAGUGGCUUUGUUAGGCAUUGUGACGCUAUCUUUGAAACGUGUUGACGCAUAAGCGAAUCAUGAUCAAGAUGGAGAUGGGACAGUGUAUGCUACUUUUGAGGAUUAUAUUUCGGUAGUCCUCGCACAACGAAAGCUUCGCAUGUCAUGCAACGCGUCCACCAAGAGCGGGUCUACGCACGUUCGUAUGUAUGUAAGUACGUGUGAUGCGCGAUUGUAGUUGGCGACAGGGGUGUAAAAUUAAGGAUAUUGUGCAUAAGCACCCCUACACUGCCAAAGCGCCCUUUUAAGUAAACCAAAAUCCAUAUGAAAAGCUCACAUUAAGAUAUUGUACUUCAUGCCUGUUACCUUGAGCACAAUGUAACGCUGCCCAAUGUUUUCAUUACUUCCCACUCUUGUUUAGCAUUGUUGUGACUUGUGACACUUCUGCAGUUAGUUAUGCCCGGGGCACUAGAGUCGCUAUGCACUGGUGUGCCCUUUGUGGGGCACGGCUCAGCUCUGCGGUAGCGCCUGGCCCUGCGCGGCUCCGCACUCCGCCACUGUGUGGCCCGGCGUCGCGAGACCGUCGGUGACCCGACACCCGACUUCUGCUGUAACCGACUGCGGCGUGGCAGCUCUGCGCCCGUGCCGAGAGCGGCGGCCCUGAGCUUAGUGUGCUGCUCCCCCGAGCGAUACGUCAGCAACUCCUGGUCCCUGGUCGGCAUCCGACCAUGUUGUAGACUUCCGUGAAUGUCUUAGAGGUUAUGGGCGUGAUGCUAUGCCUGUUCGACGCGGACUUGUAGGGUGUUUGCCUCUGCUCAGCUCUGACGCUGAAUGUUUUGCUUUCUAUUCUAUUCGAACUUCGGACUGAGAUAGCAGCACUACUGAUGGCUGAUGCAUAAAUUAAGCAUUCAGUAAGCUUCACUUCACAAGCUGUGAAUAAUUUUGACCCAUGAAAUUUUACUGUGUACCUGUGCCACAUGUACCCUUACAAUGGUAGUUCAGGUAAAUAAUGAUUGCGGCUGUUCAGUUGCCUGAGUUAACCAAGCAAUUGAUACAUAAAUUGAUUUAGUUUUACAACUUUAAUUUGUAAUGUUUUGAAUUUUUCGUUGCAUUAAAAAAUGUAACAAAUAGCGGAGCAAAAAGUGAGGCAGUAGCCGUUUUCACGACGGGCUAUCCGGCGAAUGCACCUAAUUUGACCAAAUA